AUGGAUCCUUUCAACAAGCUACCCUCCGAGCUCUGUGUACAGAUCCUGAUUUCACUUCGCAGCAGGCGCUCUAUACUGCGAUUCGCUCAGGCAUCACCAGCUAUGCUACGACAGUACGUCACCUCAAAAACCUAUAUUACACGAACUUUGGUUGCCCUGGACUUUGACGAUCAGAUGAUACAAGACGCCAUGGGGAUCAUUCUACUUCCUCCACCCGAUAACCGCAGUCGCUACUCGAAAGUCCUCCGUCGUCAUUACGUCUGCUGGGCAGAAAACCAGUUCCCAAAUUCCUUCAAGACUCGUGAUGGCGAUCUCAUUGAUAAAGUUCACACACUAUAUGCCCGACUAUUACUAUUCAUCGAGGAUUAUCUCACCAAGGCCACGGCCAUCUUUACACCUCGAGAGUAUCUUUGUCUUCCCGACCUAUCGCCCAACGGAACUCACCUGAUGUUCAAAGGAGAAGCUGUCAGCCCAAGGUUCGACGCCACCCAGCUUACCGAUGCGGAAAGGCAGCGACUCCUGGCAGCAUUUCUACGAUAUGAGAUGAUGUGUGUAAUUCGCCAUCAAGAAGCCUCGUUCGUGGCUGGAUGGAAUUUCCCCCAUCCAAUAACUGGAUUCAUGGCUGAAUGGGAUUUAGGGGAACCAUAUGAGUGUAAAGUCCAGAGACCGGGGCCCUCGGAAAGAGAGGCCAUGCUUUGCGUCCAUCAAUACGUCAGGUCCCUCUACGCGGCCAUGUUUGCGCAGUGCAGUAAUUCAUGGCUGCCAGACAUACCGGUAGGAUCUCCAUAUUCUUACAGCACAGGAUUACUGUACCCGGAUACUCUGUACGUCAAUGCUUGCGCCUACGCUUCAGAUAUGGGCUUGCCACCCAAUGAAGCCUUGCAUCAAAUCUCGAUCGAAGCUGCGGGCUUUGAUCUUGUCGCAGUCCUUAUAAGGUCUGCCAUGGCCGGUCAAGAUGGAAGAGAUCAUCUCCGGUCUUGGUUUAAAAGAUUUUUUGAAAAUACGAGGAUGAACUCUCGGUCAAGUAUCUAUUCGCUCCAUUACGGUUAUGGUCACUACGAAACGGGGGAGGUAAGGGAUAAACCCCACGAGGAGGACUCAGGAAUGUAUCAGAUGCUUUGUUCUCGUUUUUCAGCUAACCUUUCUCUACACUCGGAUAUAUACCGACAAAGGGCGUGGGCGUUCUUUGACGACGACCGAUUCUACCCUUCGUCAAGCGCAGGACCACACUUCCCAGAUCCUAUGGAGAUGGGAGAGCAGUGGGGCUCUACAGAAGAUGACGUGGAAUGGUUCUCCGAUCCCAAGCAGGUCCGAGCUAGGCACCGGUCCCAGAAGUGGCAUGACGAACUACUUGGCAAGCCUUGUGGUAACGAGGAGGUCAAGGAAUCCCAGAACACAGGGGUCGAAACUCUACUACCUGUUAUAUCAGAAAGGUAUUGGUUUCGAAGACUACCUCGAUUUUGGUAUUAA